UGCUACAAAGACUCCAAUAUUCUCAUCAACAUUUUUCAAAGAGAAAUAAAUUUCUUUUACAAGCCAAAAUGGACAAAUUAAGGCCAUCCCCAAUUCUUUUAUUUAACGACAAACAGAUGGAGAAUGUCCGUAAGGUAUUUAAUUACGAAGACGUGAAUAAACUAAAACAAGAUUUGGAUAAUUUGGAGGAUUGGAUAAGGAAACAAAACCAUUUCGUCGUUAAGGAAUUCGAUAGAAAAUAUCUUGAGCGGCUUCUUCUAUCGAGUAAAGGUUCUGUGGAGAUAACUAAGAAACGUUUUGAUAGAUUAUGUACUAUGAGAAAGAUAAUGCCAGAAAUGCUCAAGAACAUCGACAUGAAAAAUGAAUUCAUUUCGCUUCAUAAGUGGCAUCGUUAUUGCGUACUACCAAAACCAACAUCAGACAACUACCGUGUUAUAAUUGCAAGUAUAUACAACCCCAAUGAACUGGAAUGUAUUGAAUUCUUUGACAUGUAUAGAUAUUUAGUAUCGAUGUUUUAUUAUUUUUUUAAUCGUGACUAUAAUGCAGGAUAUGAAUACAUUUUCGAUGCUAGGAACUACACAUUUGGAGUGGUUACAAAACUAAAUCCACUUAUAAUGCACAAAGUCGCUUCAGUAUUUCUGGAAGCAAUUGGGGUGAGACUCAAAUGCUUGCAUAUGAUCAGCGGUUCUAAACUAUUCGACACUAUUCUGUCUUUUGUGAAGCAGGCAUUAACAGAGAAAUUAGUGAAGAGAAUUGUUAUACAUGACAGUGUGGAGUCUUUGCAUAAAUAUAUUUCAAAAGAAAUUCUUCCAGUCGACUUCCAAGGCGACGAGAAAAGCAUUGCAGAAUUAUCUGAAGCGAAUUUCAAGGAACUUUGCACAGAAGAACACAUACAAUUUUUGAAAACUUUGGACAAAGCAGAAACUGAUGAAUCGCUUCGGCUGAGUGAUAAAUCCGAUGCUGAGUUCAUGGGAAUGCCUGGUUCCUUCAAAACUUUGAGCAUCGACUAAUAAAAAAUGGAAGUAGAAGACAUUAUCUACAUCUAUUAAUGAUAAUUUAUGUAUUUUUAUAUAGAGAUCGAAAAGCACAGAGGAUGGCUAUUUAAUAAUUAUUAAAAGUGGCACAGUCAAACAAUCUCUUGAAACGAAUACGAUUUGUAUUGAUGCAGAUGAAUUUGUUUAAAAAUUUGUUGUUUUUGCUACCGCCUGAAAGGCAAAUUAACGAUGAAUGGUUAGGACUAUAGAACCUAGACUUUCAAUACGAGUACACUAGCGAAUAAUAAUAAUAAGAAAGAAGGAAAAACAUUUCUAAAAGCAAGAUAGAAUAGGAAAGUGAUGCUAUUGUUAUCGUUACUGACCUGUCCUUUUCACCAGAUGCUGGCUAGAUUAUGGGUAACACAACGGCGCCUAUUUCUGCCGUGAAGCAGUAAUGUGUAAGCAUUACUGUGUUUUGGUCUGAAGAGCGCCGUAGCUAGUGAAAUUACUGGGCAAAUGAGACUUAACAUCUUGUCUCAAGGUGACGAGCGCAGUUGUGGUGCCGCUCAGAAUUUUUGGGUUUUUUCAAGAAUCCUGAGCGGCAAUGCAUUGUUAUGAGCGUAUCAUUUUCCAUCAGCUGAACGUCCUGCUCGUCUCGUCCCUUAUUAAAUAAAAAAAAAACAAAGUAGCUAACGGACACAUUGACAAAUCAAAAUGGCCAUGCAUUAUCGGGCUGUCAGUUGGUCUGUACGAUAGUACAUUAAGUCUUUUCAGUUCAGACAAGCAAGCAAUGCAGCAAGUAGAAGCCUACUGAUUUUUGAGGAAGAAAUACGUUUAUUCUUGAAGAUUACUGGCAGGAAUAUUAUGACUCACUUAGCAUCGCUGGGUUGGCAUCAUUGUAAUAUCUGCCACAACAAACAUUGGAAAUAUCCAAUUUCCCAUAACUAAGAGCUCAGCAUUCCUACCUGCGCAAUAACAUUUUUGAGAUCUUCGCUGAUACUGUAGUCUACCCAACACCCAAACUAUCUUACAUAUUUUCCAUGGCGUGUAACGGAGACGGACAUUUUAUUUUUAUUUCAAAGCUUCACGAUAAAAUUCUUAAGAUUUAACUUAACAUUAAGUAUUUUACAAAGACUUAUCUUGAUCGUAAUAAUCAUUUUAGGUUGUCUUGUUACAUUUAUAUGCUAUACUUAGUCUGAGACGAAAGGCAAUGUCAGAAGAAAAGUAUUUUUAAACACUCUACAAAGAUCCAGGGACUGUUUUUAUUCAGAGUCUCCAGAAAUACUGUCUGACAUUCAAUUAGUUCUCCACACAUCGCUAGGUGGCGUAGCACCCUUUCCUUUCGCCUUAGAUAUUUCACGCCGACAUAAUAUAGAAUUUUAAUUGAUAAUUUGUGUUUUAAUGCGUUUGCAAUGUUUAAUAUGUAUAUGUAUUAAUAUCAUUUGCUUUUGUAAAUUGAUUGUUAAAGUAAAUCAUAAUGUCUAUUAAGUAAUUCGAGGGUUUUAUUAAAUUUUUGUAAGGUAUUUUUAACUUAAUUAUUCGGUCACUUCAGUGAAUUUUAUUUAAUUUUAUUAUUGUACCUGUUUGUUGUGAUUAUAAUUUGGUGGAUUAAAUAAAUAAUUUAUAGAU